AUGGAAAUAAGGUUAAAUCCAAAGUCAGCUAAUUUUUUUUUGCUUCUUAUCAUUGGGAUACCUGCAAAUCUCACCAUACUGAUGUUGUUCAUCGUCUCUGCAAUUUCUGAUAAGAAGCUCAUGCCAACAGACUUAAUUCUUACAAAACUGUCCUUUGUAAAUAUUAUAGUUGUCCUUGUGAGAGGAAUUCCACAGGCUCUCACAGACAUAGGCAUCCAGAAGUUAUUCAACAACUAUGGGUGUAAAGUUGUUAUAUUUACCUACCGUGUUUGCCGAGCAAUGUCUGUGUGUAUAACAGCCGUGCUAAGCAUCUAUCAGUGUAGUGUCCUCUUACCCCCUUCAUCAAAAUAUACAACACUGAAGCAGAAGGUGGCUCAAAAUAUUGUUGUUAUCUUCCUUUUCAUAUGGUGUAUCAACGGCAUCAUUUACAUUCCUCUUGGUUUCGUGUAUACUCAGUCUGAAGUUAAUUCAACUAUUCCCAAAUAUGCAAUCAACUUAGAGUUUUGUUUUGUUUUAUUUCCAAAUGAAGUAGCAUACAGAGUGAAUGGAAUAGUUUAUUCCUUUCGAGACUUUAUAUUUAUUGGCCUUAUGGUACUAUCUAGCAGCUACAUUGUUGCAAUUCUAUACAAACAUAAUAAAAAACUCCAGAACAUCAGAAGUCCUGACCAAAAGCAAAGAAAUGCCACAGAGUUAAAAGCAGCUAAAGCUGUAGUUAUGUUGGUAACACUGUACGUUUUCUUGUUUGGACUUGAUAAUGCCAUCUGGAUGUAUACCCUCACUGUUUCUAAUGUCGCACCUGUAAUUUCAUCAUCUCGUGUCUUCUUUGCUUUGUUGUAUACUGCAGUUAGCCCUUUGGUAAUAAUGGGAACAAAUAAAAAAAUUCAGCAAAAACUGAAAUGCUUUUCUUAUAAUACGGACAAAAAAGUUAAACAGAGCACUGUUGCACAUAUAGAAAUAAAGACAGAAGAAAUGAACUCUUAA